AACUCUUUGACAGAAGAUAGCGCGGCUGUAACAUACCGAUGCUUACGCGUACGGAACAGCGCUCCCAUGCAGUGCCCGAAAAUCUCCGCUCCGCAUAUGUACUGGAAAGUCUAACGACAAAAACCGCGGCCUGUCAGAGGGAAGGGUCCAUAACACUUGACGCUGUACCUGUAACUUGGAGGGUUGUAAGUAAAUUUGUGAAACGUUUAAGUGAUAGCAAGGAAGAUCUAAACUCGAAAAGCAGAGGCAAAAAGAGGCAAUACAUCAUCCAUUAUCAUCAGAGGUUUUCAAUAAACCAUCAAGAAAAAUUCUUUGGUUGAUUUGGAAUCCCUCAAAAUGGCUGUACCAGGGACUUGUAUCAAUCGAUUGAGGUUACAUGAAUUGGUGAUAGUUUGUACAGUGCUUCUUGGAACAGUAGGAUUAGCUCAAGGAUUUAGGGAGAGCAAUGGGCGUAUCGAAUGGGAUGCAUUCCCACCGGAACCCGACUACCAAUCAGGACUCCUUCAGAUGCCUCAUACCCUGAGAGAUAUUAAUAGAGUGGCUGUGGCAUUCAUUCAUGCUCUACCACCUAAAGAGCUACCAUGGGAUCUUUACAGAGGAAUUAUCAAUGGAACUGUGGACUUCUCAGAUCCAAUGUUGUAUGUGGAUCACACAGUAGCAUUCAUGGCUAUGUUUGCCAUAGCUGUAAUCUUCAUCAUCUUCAUGCCAAUUACUGGAAUCAUCUUCUGCUGCUGUAGAUGUUGUGAUAGGUGUGGGGCUCACAUGCUCCAACGAGAGGAAGAUAACGUGCCUUGGAAGAGGGCGGGCUUUGCCUGCGGACUUCUCAUUGUCUCCAUCAUUAUGACGAUAGGUAUUGGGAUAUCAUUCAUUGCUAACCAGAACAUCUCUACAGGACUUCGCAAAGUAGAACCCAAUAUACAAACAAACAUGGAUGAUCUCUUGAUGUAUGUCAAUCAGACUGUCGAUGAAAUUGAUUUUCUUUUGGAUCAAGUGGACAAAGUGAAAAAUCUUGCUAUGGAGAAAUUAGAUAACAUCAGCAGUGCAGUGGGUCAACCAGUGAGAGAUGAGAUUGGGUUCAAAGUUGAACCUGCCAUUUAUGCUGUCAAAGAGCUUCAUAGAGAUGCAUAUGAUGCACAUGUCCUCCUCAACAAAACAAAUGACCUCAUUCAGGACCUGCAGCUCAUGGCCAUGGUACUCACAGACUCAAUGACCAAUGAGAGAAGUCGUCUUAAUGAAACCCUCCAAUCACAAGCCUGCAUUCAGAGUGAAGGUUGCAGCGCUGCACGAGAUCUUAUUGAUCUGAAUAGACUUUCUAUUUCUACAUACUACAAUCAGACAAAUAUUGAAGACCUAUUGAUGCAGGCAUCAGAGGCAUUACAAAGCAACCUGACCAGUUUUGCUAUCAACUCUCAAGCCAUCUUAGAUUCUAUUCCACAGAGAAUUGAAAAAGAAGGCACUUCACAUGUGCAAGAAAUGAAGGAAAUGGUUGAGGAUCUGUAUUCUGGAGGUGCUUCUGACAUUGUUAAUAAUGCUAGAAGUUUGAGCCAAGGGGUUAUAGAUCAGAUAACAGCAAUCUUCAGUCAUAUCUCAGAUCAACCAGUUUCAGAAAUGCUUUAUAAAAGCCUCCACAUGGCAGUUACAUAUGACCAGUACAGGUUUUAUAGUGGAAUAGGAUCAGUGUGUGUCUUCAUCAUCAUUAUCUUAUGUAACUAUCUUGGAGUACUGUUUGGGGAGUGUGGUCGAGAGAAGAGAGAUCAACCUACAGAGAGAGGAUGUCUAUCAAACCUUGGGGGAACUCUGCUUCUUGCUGGUGUCGCAUUUGGAUUCCUGUUUUCUGCUCUGUUGAUGCUGAUGACGACCAUCCUCUUCUUGGCUGGAGGAGGAACAGAGAAAGGAAUAUGUCAACCAAUUGAGACAAGAGCAAUGUUGAGAGAGCUCGUUGACCACCCACAUCUUCUUGACCGUGGAGAACCUAGUUUUCUGGGAUCUUUCUUACUAGGGGACGGCAACCAACCAAUCAGCGCUGAAAAGAUCAUCAAUAAAUGUGAACAGAAUGCAGCUAUCCUGACUACCAUUGAUACAAACAUUACCACCACAAUCGCAGAGCUAUUACUCAAUUACAACAAGUCUUCCUUUGUGUUAGAAUCUAUGGACCUAUCUAAUUUCACUACAUUAGACAACAGAGUAGAAUCAUCACUCAUUCGUAUCAGAGAUGCUGGUGAUAAGAUCAACAUCUCAGGUAUACUCCAAGAGAUAAAUCAGAGUAUUACCAAAGUAAACCUGACUGACUAUGCCAUUAUUCUGAGGACCACAGCAAACAGUGUGACAAAUAUGACGCUGAGUAACAUGUUGCACAGUCAUGCUUAUCAACUGACGACACUUACCAAUACAUUUGUCAAACCAAUGCAGUCUAAAGUGAAUGUGCUAAAGAGUAAGCUAACAUCAUUACAGAGCAAGACACAGUACUUAUCGGCUAUGAUUAAUGGAACUUUAGAAAGGGUUUAUGAGACAGAGUCGUUUCUUCGCAAUGAUGGUCCGGUAAUACUUGAAGAGGAAAUCAAAAGGUUUAGAGAUAAUUUGGUUGGUUACCUAGAGCAGACUGCAGAUCACAUCAUAUAUGAGCUAACAACAGACUUUGGGCACUGCAGGCCUAUAGCAUCGGUCUACUCAUCCCUUGACAUGGUACUCUGUGAUUACACAUCAGAUUCUCUGAAUUCAUUGUGGUUUACAUUGGGAGGUUGUGUGCUACUUCUUAUUCCAAGUAUUGUACUUGCCGUUAAGCUUUCCAAAUACUACAGGCGAAUGAAGUUCUUUGAAGACAUAUAUGGAGAGAAUGACCUGGACACAUUACCCAUGAAGGCAUAUGAACCUAAUAGAGAGUUUUCAUCAUAAGCUGCCUUUUUCUCUUUCUAUGGGGAAUGAUCCUCCAGUUGGUGAUACUGAAACUACAUUAACCAGUGUGGAUUUGGUGUUAUAUGCUACGCUAUGCCUGGUGAAUCCUACUGGUGCAUUCAUAUGGUGCCUUACAUCGUUAGGACUAUUUCUUCCUUUGAGAAUUUUUUUCUUGACAAACAAUUAAAUGUGACCUGUUUUGGAAAGCUUUUUUCUCGCUGUGCUGCAAGCUUCUUCAGACCUUCUUUGUAGAUGGUGCUGUUGCUAAUACUGAAUUUUUUAAAACUCCAUUCUUAUUGUAAUGGUUUAGCCUAUCUCUUGCCAAUUGUCUCUUGGUACCCAGAAGGGUUUCAAUCCUUUAAUAUUAAGAUUUUAUCACCCUUCUGGGUGACGUCCAUAUGAACUGAUAUACCACCUAACUAGCUGACAGCAUAUUGGAAGAAAGUCAUAUAUUCUUAUGUGUUUAACAAAUAAAAAUUGAAGAAUUUUUGUUUAAAGCAGCUUAAUAGCAAGUCAUGAAGUGAUGCAAAGACUGCCACAGUGUUGAAGGAGGCUUUUUAAAAGUAAUCAUAGAUUGUUACGAAGUUGAAAACUUGUGAUUAACUUUAUUGAGCAUUUGAACUUUUGUUAUGAGCAAGACUUGGGGGAAAAACCUGGUCUUACUACUCUUCUGACUACAUCACUGGUAUCCUAACCUAAAAAUAUAGAGCAUGACUAUAUAUAUCGUGAGAAUAUUAAUUGCAGAAAAAAUUUAAUGUAUCCCAGAUUUGUAUUGACUUAUUAGUUGAUGAUGGAAAGUGAUUUCAAAAGAAGGUACGCAUCAAAUUUUAAAACUGUGAAAUGUGCCUUAUUAAUGUUGAGAGAGCCUACCUCUGAAGUUAAAGCUAAUGGUUAUCUUCCAUACAAGUAUUGAUGUUGCCAGUUUAUGGAUACCAGCUUGCCAGUAUGAGUUUGAAACUAUCUGUACAUAGCAUGCCCUCUUGCCCCCAAUUUAUUAUUUAUGGCACCAAUGAUUUACUAAAGUAGCUACCGGUAGAACAGAUAGAAAUUAUCUUGUCAAAAGAAUGGAGAAGAUAAAACCAAAAUAAACUUUAGUUAAUAGUACAGACCACUUGCUGUUUUGUCAUUGUAUUCCAUUGUAUUCCAAGUUUGUAUAUCAUUUUAUUUUUCAUAUAUUAUCUAUGACUGGUUGAAGGUUCUAAAAAAAUGUAUGUAAAUAUGCCAUUCAUUUGCAAGCUUUAAAAUGUAUGAUUCUUUGUGUGAUCAAGGAAAAUACAUGUAUUCAUUUGCCAACCCUUUAUCUUAUGAAGAACAAUAAGUAUUAUACAACUGGACAAAAAAAGUAAACAAAAGGCUUUGUCAAAUAAUUGUAAUAUACCUAUGCAUAUUUAGUCAUGGGUACCUGAAGUUUGAUGUAGCAUAAUAUUGAUAAUGAAAAUUGUUUUUUUAUUUUGUACUUUCCAUUUAUUGAUUUGCCAUGAAAACAUUACAAUAGUGCAUUUUUGGUAUAAUUCCGCUCAAGUUUGAUAUUUUUGUAUUGAUGACGGAAACAUUUUUUUUUUGUAUGGGGAAAAAUAUUCUUGCCAGUUUUCUUUAUGCAAUUUAUAUGAGUUUAUGAUUGUUUUGUGUCUCCUGCAUCUCCUUUCUUCCAUGAAAUAAUGUUUCUCCCCCCCCCCCCCCCUAUAUUUUCUGGUUACUCAGGACAAUCCACAUACUGUACAGUAUUCCUAAAUGCAGACUAACUCUUUGCCAGGUAAAGAGAAGGUUAAAUUCUGGAAAAUGUUCUUUAUAUUUUUGUAAGGUUUUCAUUCUUUUUAAAUAAGUGUAGAAGAAUGUCUUAGAAAAAUAUCCCCUAGAAAGAAUGACUGUUGAAAUGCCCUCACAUUUGACAUAUAACACAAUAUCACCGACUUAUUUGGACCAAACUUUAUGCCGUAUGUAAAUGUAGUCCUAUGUACACACUUAUGUGUACAGUGCAUGUGAGUUUCUGCAAGACUGAGCAAAAUUGUUUAAAAAACUCCUAGUGUACACUGAUUCUUAUUUGCUACGUAAAUUACUUUACCGAAUGCUUCCAGACGGUUUCUUUCACAAUGCAAUCUUAUGAUCGGAACUCAAUUUUAUCUAAGCCCUGCCCAAGUUGUUCAGUUAAUGUCAAGAUUGAUUAAAAUAAUGUGAACCUCUUCAUCCUUCCGUCAUACCGGUACUUCAGAAGAAAAAAUAAACCUCUGCAAUGUGAUGACAGUGACUAAGAAACAUGUUUAGCAAUACUUGUUGGUUGCAUUAAACAUGGAAGGUUACCCUAAUUCAAGGUUAUUCCUGAUCUACGUUUGGUUAUUGUCGUGUUUUCUGUUGUUGCAAUGGAAAUUAUAGACAGGCCGGAUUUAUUGCUAAGUCUGCUGCUCUCAUAAUAAAACUUUUUUUUUUUUUUUUUUAACAAUUGGAAGCAUUUGUUGUAUUAAAUAGCACAAAUUAAAGAUGAACUUGAGUUCUGGU